UCUUCCUCAACGAGUUUGCGUUCAAAUCCAUUCAAUUGUAAAAGAUCAGCAGCAUCCUUUCUUCUCGAUUCUGAGAUAUCGAUUUUGCAUUUUUGUGUUGAGAAAAUGACUAGUUUGAGAGCGAUUCUGAAGCACCCUGAUGACUUUUACCCGCUUCUCAAACUGAAAAUGGCAUCGAGGCAAGCCGAGAAGCAGAUCCCUCCGGAGCCACACUGGGCUUUCUGUUACACCAUGCUCCACAAAGUUUCUCGUAGUUUCGCUCUCGUUAUUCAACAACUUGACACCAACCUUCGCAACGCUGUUUGCAUAUUUUAUUUGGUUCUUCGAGCUCUAGAUACUGUUGAGGAUGAUACUAGCAUAGCGACUGAUGUUAAGGUGCCAAUACUAAUAGCUUUUCAUCGUCACAUAUAUGAUCGUGAUUGGCACUUUUCCUGUGGCACAAAGGAAUACAAAGUCCUCAUGGACCAGUUUCACCAUGUUUCAACUGCUUUUUUGGAACUUGGAAAGAAUUAUCAGGAAGCAAUUGAGGAUAUUACCAAAAGGAUGGGUGCAGGAAUGGCUAAGUUUAUUUGCAAGGAGGUAGAAACGGUUGAUGACUACGAUGAAUAUUGUCAUUAUGUGGCAGGACUUGUUGGGCUAGGUUUAUCUAAGCUUUUCCACGCCUCUGGUUCAGAAGAUUUGGCUCCAGAUGAACUUUCCAAUUCAAUGGGUCUGUUUCUUCAGAAAACAAACAUUAUUCGAGAUUACCUCGAAGAUAUCAACGAGAUCCCCAAGUCACGCAUGUUUUGGCCUCGGCAGAUUUGGAGUAAAUAUGUUAACAAACUUGAGGAUUUGAAAUAUGAGGAGAACUCCGUCAAAGCAGUGCAAUGCCUAAAUGACAUGGUCACUAAUGCUUUGUUCCAUGCUGAAGAUUGCUUAAAAUAUAUGUCUGCUUUACGAGAUCCGGCUAUAUUUCGAUUUUGUGCUAUUCCCCAGAUCAUGGCGAUUGGAACACUGGCAUUAUGCUACAACAACAUUGAAGUCUUCAGAGGCGUGGUUAAAAUGAGGCGAGGUCUAACUGCGAAAGUCAUUGACCGAACAAAGACAAUGGCUGAUGUCUAUGGUGCUUUCUUUGACUUUUCUUGUAUGUUGAAGUCCAAGGUUGACAAAAAUGAUCCUAAUGCAACAAAAACAUUGAGCAGGCUGGAAGCUAUACAGAAAACUUGCAGGGAAUCUGGUCUCCAAAGUAGAAGAAAAUCAUAUAUACUGAGGAAUGAGCCCGGUUACACCUCGACUAUGGUUCUCUUACUUGUCAUCAUAUUGCCCAUUAUUUUUGCUUAUCUCUCUGCUAACCGCCAAGAUAACUAGUCUUAGGCCUUUCCAAACAUGGAUAGCAAUGCAGAGCUACUAGAAUGCCGCGUUCCAUGGGAUAUGGGUUUUCAGUUCACGCUUGCAAGCAAUAAUAUGAUGGUUGCAGUUCACUGUAUAUCCUAUUAAUUGAAAUGAAUGGUCAAACGCGGUUGCUUUCAUUGUAUCCUGUGUUGCAUUUCUUAUUUAAAAUUUUAAAUCAAGUAAAAUUCACGGAAUUGUCAAAACAUAACGCUCCCAUGGUAGAUUGUUGUCUCGAAUCUCUCGAUUGAGAGACGGCGAGAAUUAAAUUCAUAUGAAUUCGCU